AUGUCACUACCUACGCCUGCUGGCCGAUACUUGUCUGCUGAAGAUCUUGAAGUGGUAUAUGACCAGAAGAAAUUUCAAGACGCGGCCGAGAUUGAUGACGUCCAUUUGCUUCAUUUCAAACACGACAGAACUCUGUUCGUGCGUGUCCCUGUUAAUAGUUCCGACCAGAACCCUCAUGAUGGUUACAUCUGGGGUCAAACGAAGUACGGAAAAGAUCGGGUUGUCGUGUUUAGACAUCAACCUACUCGAAAAAUAAUUGAGUUGUACGGUGCCAAGUGCACGUCGUUGAAUUGCACUGAGUUGAAUCAACCGCAUAUCCGAAAUCAAAUCUUUCAAUAUCAAGAUCAAAUUUAUUGCUACUAUUUCACCACAACUGAUGAACCCAUUUCGAUUCCUUCAGAAGGUCUUUUCCCAGUAAAAAAGAAAAGAUUAACUAAGAACUGCGCGGACAUCCUUACUCGUCUCGUUAUUCCUGGAAGAACCGUGAAACAAGCUCUGUCAACUGCUCGUGAAAUGGGAAUGACAGAUGUUACAAAAAAGCAAGUUCUUAACGUCAGCAGACGUUGCGUCGACUGCGUUUUUACGAAAAAUGGGCCACGAGCGAGAUCUUCUCUGGCGAUGGCAGAGAAAAUCAAACAAGAAAAUCCGGAUCUUACAUGGUUUGAACAAACUAACAAUGUGCUCACUGAAUUCACAUCGAUUCGCGUGUUCAAAGAUGCUUGUAAGAUUUUCUAUGAAGGAUGUCCUCCGCUGGACGAGUGGGAAGCUUAUACAGAAUUGGUCGAAGAUAUGAUCAAUGACAAAAAUUUGAGAGAAUCCGAAUUGCCUAAGCUCUACGAUCACUAUCCAAACGGUGUCUUUUUUCCGUCAAGGCUCCAUGUCGACACUACAUACCGUUUAUCCGACAUGUACAUCACUGUUGUGCUGGGUGAAACUGGAAAUUUCUUGACUAAACCAUCCGGAAAAGCCCGCGUGAUUCCUCUCCUGUACAUGUUACACUCCUCGAGAUCCCGCAUCACUCACGAAAAAGCUGCUUUGGCACUGAAAGAAGCACUUAUGGAACACUCAAAUCCUUUCAGUCCCAAGAAGUUUCCUUGUUUACUUCUAGAUGGAGAAGAAGCUCUUCAAGUGUAUGGAGAGACUCUAAAUGCCGAAGUAAUCCGUUGUGAUGUACAUUUGCUAUCAGUAAUUCGGUACAAUCAUGGAGGAAAAGCAGCAGCUGAUGCCGCUAAACCGUUCUUAUUCGGAAGAAUGAAGGAAGGAACUUGGCACGCUGGGAUUCUCGGAUGCUUCUCUCUUUCAUCUUUCAAUCGUCGUGUAGAGAAGUGUAAAAACAAAUUGGACCCGCUGGUGUAUGAUUGGAUUGUUUCAAAUAAGCAAAUGCUGAUGCAAUAUGCCUCUUCGGCUGCUAAAUUGAGAAGUGGACAUCUUAUCCAAUUUUCAACCAACAACACUAAUGAAACAUUCAACAAGCAUAUCAAGGCCAAUUUGACGAAAAUGCAUUCCGCGUCUCAACUUAUCCAGAAAAUUGAUCAUUUUGUUUCAGAUAGCCUGAAGGAAUGUUGGCUAUCAUCCAUCGGAGCGUCCGAUUGUGUUAAGCUGAAGGUCGACAUUUCUACAUACACUGAGAACCAGAAGCUAUCUCACUACAAAGAAAUUGGUUUAAGUGGAUAUAUUGCUAUGGGAUUAGGAUGCCCGCGAUCACUGGCUAAUGGAUUGCUUAUGAUCGAUCUUUUCUAUGCAUCUCAUGUUGUGUUUUAG